AUGGCGGAGCAUUUAGCUUCAAUCUUCGGAACCGAAAAGGACAGAGUGAACUGCCCUUUCUACUUCAAGAUCGGCGCGUGCCGUCACGGAGACCGUUGCUCCCGUCUCCACAACCGUCCCACAAUCUCCCCAACCCUCCUCCUCUCCAACAUGUACCAAAGACCCGACAUGAUCACCCCCGGGGUCGACCCCCAGGGCCAACCCCUCGACCCGAGCAAGAUCCAAGCCCACUUCGAGGAUUUCUACGAAGACAUCUUCGAAGAGCUCGACAAGUUUGGAGAGAUGGAAAGCCUCAAUGUCUGCGACAAUCUCGCCGACCACAUGAUCGGCAAUGUCUAUGUCCUCUUCAAGGAAGAGGACCAGGCCGCCGCGGCGCUAAAGGCGCUGCAAGGGAGGUUUUAUUCUGGCCGGCCUAUUAUCGCUGAUUUUUCGCCCGUGACGGAUUUUCGCGAGGCGACUUGUAGGCAGUAUGAGGAGGAUAACUGUAACCGCGGCGGGUAUUGUAAUUUUAUGCAUGUGAAGCAGAUUUCGAGGGAGCUUAGGAGGAAGUUGUUUGGGAGGUAUCGGAGGUCGUACCGACGUGGGAGUAGGAGUAGGAGUAGGAGCAGGAGUGUGAGCCCGAGACGGAAGAGAGAGAGAGGGGAUGUUAGGGAGAGGGAGCGUGGUGGUGGUGAUCGUCAUGGGAAUGGGAAGAGGAGCAGUGAGAGGUCGGAGAGGCAUGAUAGGGAUGGUGGAAGGAGGAGACAUGGUAGUCCGAGACGGAGCAGAAGCCCUGUUGUGAGAGAAGGUAGUGAGGAAAGGAGGGCGAGGAUUGAGCAAUGGAACCGUGAAAAGGAUGAGGGAGUUUAAUGUGUUUUUUUUUCUUUUCUUCUGCAUUGGCUGUGAUUUGAUUGUCUCUGUACUGGAUAUUUUUUAUUUGGUGUUUUCUUUUUAGAACUUGAGAGUGGUCAUGAGACGCUGGCUUCCUUAGAUAAAAGUAAGGUGAACUGUUUUUUUUUCUUGUUUAGAAAGACUAGUUCGUGUGUAAUGGAUCCUUUGGUAGUUUUGUUGUUGUUCUUCAAUGAUUGUCCCUCAUAAGGUUCUCCUGCAAGUUUUAACAUGAUGUCAUGUUUGUAGAACUUUGUCCCAGUUGAUCGGAUAGAGCUAUUUGGUUUCUAGGCAGAUCAUCAUCAACUUUUAUGUUCCACUUCUCAUGUUUGUUUGUAUAACAUUCCAAGUAUUUGCAUCAAUAACAGGCCAAGCUUGAGUUGUUU